AAAUGUCUGCGCUUCAACCCGGACGCCACCGUGUGGAAGGCCAAGCAGCAGGUGUUGUGCUCGCUGACGGAAUCCCUGCGAGACGUCCUCAACUACGGCCUCUUCCAGCCCGCCACCGACGGCCAUGACGCCAAAUUCCUGGAGGAGGAGAGGCUGCUCAAAGAGUACCCCCAGUCUUUUGAGAAAGGGGUGCCAUACUUGGAGUUCCGAUACAAGACAAGAGUGUACAAGCAGACGAACCUGGAUGAGAAGCAGCUGGCCAAACUGCACACCAAGGCCAGCCUGAAGAAAUUCAUGGACUACAUCCAAACCAGCGCCGUGGACAAGAUGAGCAAGUUCUUAGACAAGGGGCUGGAUCCCAACUACCAGGAUGCUGAUACCGGCGCCCUGUAG